CUCCAGACGCGCAGGCUCAGUGGUCAUGGCUCACGGGCCCAGCCGCUCCGCUGCAUGUGGGAUCUUCCAGACCGGGGCACGAACCCAUGUCGCCUGCAUCGGCAGGCGGACUCUCAACCACUGCACCACCAGGGAAGCCCAACAGCUGAAUUUUAUACCCUUUAAAACUUACAGGUGAAUUGAAAAUUUGCUCUCUUCCUAAACUAUAAACUUCUUGAAGCAUGACCUGUCUGUCCUUGUGGUAUUAUCAUUCAACUCUGAACAACUGAACUAAUCUAUGUAAUGAUUCAUCUGUCACUAGAGGGGGUUAAAGUAUUUCUGUCCUCUGUUGUCACGGAGAAAGAAAUAUUCUAGAAAGUUGUCCUUUCUCCCACUUAGUAUGUGUGGGAGUAUUAAACCUCAAAUAGAACAGUGGUAAACUUUUUUUUCAUAUUUUGUUUUUCUAUAAACAAACUUUAUCUGUGGCCUUGUAGCAGAUGGUCAGUUCCAGGAAACACACAGCUAACAAUGUCAUUCCCCUUGUAUUGCACACAAUAUAAAAACAGAGUUUAAGUAAAUAUUUGAAUUAGGACAAUUUGAAAAAGUUAGCUUUGGAAUAGCCUUUCCCUGGCAUGUAUUGAUCACUUUUUUCCAGAGUGGCUGUUUCAGUAGAUUCAGUAUGCUAUACCUACGUCAUUUAAAUGAAGCUUGUUCAACAUAACAUAUAAUAUAGUAGCAGAGCAUAAUCUUAGAAACAGCAUUUGCAGAAUGGAACUCAAAUUAGGAGGUUCAAUUCCUGCUGCGUAUCAAAGAAAAGCUGGUCUAUAAAUAGCAGUAGAGCAACACCUAGUGCUAAACGCAGAUAUAGCAGAAAGAUCAUCGGUCACAACUGGCUUUUUAAAUUUAAGGUUAAUGUUGCAAUUGGAUGGCUCUUUUUCUUGGUAUUUUAACCAUGGAAUUAUUCUGUGAAAUGACAGGCAUGGACCAGCGGAUCUCUAAGGUUCUUUUAGACUCUGUCUGUGAUCCUCCAGUUGGGUUAUUACCAUGUACUUUUCAUUCUCAUUGCCCCACAUUCUUCUUAGUGAACUUGUCCAUUAGAUAAAGGAGGGUUGCUUAAGCCUAGCUUUUAUCUUUUAUGUCUAUUAGCUUUCUGUGGAUAGUGAGGAAGAACUAGAAGGGUUUAUGUACUGGGACAAUGCUAUGCAGAAGUUUCAAGAAAUUACCUUUCUCCUCUUUAAAAAAUAAAUAAAUAAAUAACUAGGGCAGGAUAUCUGUACUGUUGAAAAAGGAAAGUGUGGGCCUUUGUAUACAAAAAUGAUACCAUCAUCUGCUAAUGGUAGGUCAUGUUUCUACUAUGCUACCCAACUCCUUAUGUCAUAAGGAUGCACUUAGUUUAUUAGUUACCCUAUCUCAGAAAAGAUCACAAUAUCAUCUGUAUGAAAAUACAAUAGAAGCAUAAGUUUGCGUAGCCAGAUUCUCCCAAGUGAAAGUUUGCUAUGUCUUUGUUAUUUCAUUUUUCUACAGAUUAGGAGAAAAUACUUUUUAUCUAUGGAAAGUGGUCAGAUAAAGAAAUAGAUAAAGCCUUUGAAUAUGCAGAGAUCCAUAAAAUCACUAUGUUAGAUAGAUCACUGUGAACAUGAACCAAUUUAAAAGUUGGCAUCAUCAGUGGAUUAAAAAAGUACACACAAGAGCUUUCUCUCAGAGGCGGAAGUUCUUGCUGGACUCAGGCCGUUAGUCUGUGACCUUGUGUCUUCCUCUGUUUAACACAGGGUCAUGGGCAGUAUGUCACGUGCUGGUUCAGCCAGGCCAAAAGAAUCCCAGAGUGGGUGACUUCAGAGUGCCUCUCCCAUAUACCUACCUACAAUGCAGAAGUGUCACAGUGCAGUCUCACAGCUGGGUGAGCUAACCCAGAAGAUUUUCCUUGUGUUUCUGUGUGGAUUUUCAUGGAGAACAGGAGAGAUUUAAGGUACCAAGAAAUUAAAUCUUUUUACAUGAAGGCCUCAGGAGCUAGCUUUCACAGCAAAUGGUCUGGAUAAACUAGCGAUUGUGAUAAGCAGUGACUUCAUAAAUUCAUUCAUUCAUUCAUUCAUCAGUAUUUUCUAAACAUCUCCUGUGGGCCAGGCAUUGCUCAUGGCUCUGGGAUGCAGCAGUGAACAAAACAAAGUACUGGCUUCACAGAGCUUUCAUUCUAGCUGGGAAGAUACACAGUAAACAAGUAAGCCAGGAAGCUAGGGAGAAUAAAUCAGGUAGUCAUAAGUAAGCUCAGAAAAGAGAUGGAGAAACAGAUUGGUGAGGGAUGGCCUGUGAUGAGGGGCCCUUUGAGCAGAGAGCUUGAUGAAGUGAAGGAGUGAAUCCGUUGUCUGUACCAUGCUUAGCUCAUGUUGCUUUCCUGUAUUUUAAAAUAUAUAGAAAAUUGAGGCUGCUGAUGUUUUAACUGUUGCUUGGAAAACAGAGUAGGGACUUUGGUUCCUGACCAAUCAGAAACUAGUUGAGAGAGGCUCACCCUAUCUAGUGACUCUUGGCCAGUGAAUGGGGAUUUGCCUUUGAGUUUUCUGCCACAUCCGGAUCCUCGUUAAAUUCUCAUCUCUUCCGCCAGGAACUCCAUGCCUGAGAUGUUUGUUACCAGUUCCCUCCCAGCUUUUCAUCCCUUUUCAAGAAGCUGGGAAAGAAGAGUGAUUAGGUUUUAUGUUCCAUCAAUCCUUGCCCUCCUUAGCCUCUGCUGUGUUUGUUGACAAGUUUUCAUUAUUUUAUGACACAGUCACCAGAGCUGGGCUGAGAUCACCGGUUUGUUACUUGGAGUCUUUUAAUUAUCCAGCUGGUGGAUGUUGGCUCCCAGUUACUGGUUAUUUGUGUGCCGCGAGGGUCAAAGUGAGGCCUCCUUGGAGGAAUUCUGGGGGAAAUCUGUCCAGCAAGAAUCCAAUUAGCCAGUCAGUACACAGCAUGCAGUGUUUAUUACAUGCCCAUUGUUUGUACCAGAUAGAGGGGGAUCUAGUUGGAAGUUUCCAGUCCUCAAAGAGAUAACAUUCUUAGUGAUACAGACUUCUUAAGGACAGGCAUUUUGGCCACUUAGGUACUUUUGCUUCUUUGGGAUUUAUUUUAAGCCAUGGAAUCUUAGCUAUGGAAGGAGUCUUAGAAAUUAUCUAGUCUAACCUCCACAUGUUACUGAGAAGGACACCAAGAUUAUGAGGUUUUGAUUUACUCAAGGUCACACAGCCCUGGUCUCUGUCUACUACACCAGGCUGCUCCUCAUAACAUUCAUUUGUUUUAGCCCACACCCCCUCAAGCAGAUGUUCAGGAACAUUCCAUACAGCAACCAUCCCAGUCUAUCUCCACAUCAAGGGCAAGAGCCCCGACAUGAAGCACUGCAGAAUGGAAAACUAACCACAGCAACGCUCUAGAUAGGAAUUCUGGGAUUUUCACAUCAAUACACAGAAAUGAAACUUUGGUUUUAGUUCCCUCUUUGUUCUAAUUUUUAAAAAAGAAAUAGCAAGGAAUCUCUUUGUUCGGUUUUUUUAUCUUGUUUUUGUUUUUUUGUAACUGAGAGUAGAAUCAGCAGUUCUAAUAACGUCUCCUUUGUGCAUCUGCAGCAGCAUCUCCAUUCCCAUUAUGCCCUUGGCUUGAGUACAGCCCUAUAUGCUUUGGUACUUCAUGGUUCAAUUUUCAGAUGUACGUAUGUGCUUUAAAAGAUGUGGUACACCUGUAUACUGAUCUACUAGAGAAAAGCAAAAAUUACUAACGUCAGAGUCAAGUAUUCCUAAGUUCCAAACCAGGAUUUGACACUAAUUAGCUGGGUCACACUUGUUGUUUAACACCCAAGAACCUCAGUUUUGCCAUCUGUAAAAUGGGAAUAAUGAAGACGACCAUAGAGGGCUUUAGUGAACUCAUCCUCACUGUUCCUCCCUCCCUUUUGCCUUUCACAUGGGUAUAAUUGGAUCAAAAAGUGUGUUUCGUUUCUCACAGAACAAUUUGGUCCUUUCCUCUUUCAAAAAUGCUAAGAGAAGGAUCUAAAUGAAUAUACAUUUUCCAUUUAAGAGGACUUAAAACUUUGUCCCUAAAAGCAACUUUAAAAACAAGCAUAAUCUGAGAAUACUUCCGGAUACUUAGAGCAGCUUCUUUCUCCUUCUGCUUUUUUUGCCCUUUCCCUCUAUUUAUUUCCCUUUUGUCCUCCCUACAAACCACUUUUGUAAAAUGUACACGGACGGCCCAUGGCUCCCAUCACUCCUCUGUCCCGGAGUCAACUCUGUCCAAACCCAGGCUCUGGAUCUGAGGGUGACGCAAGAAGCUGGUUUUGGCCUCGGGAAUGUUUUCCUCUGUGUUCUGACUUCUCUCUUGUUGUCCUUCUCUCCUCUCCGUCUUUUCCCCACCUCUCUUCCCCAGACACCCCCACUGUUUUCUCUCUUCCUGUUUUCUUAGUUUCUUCCCCUCUCCUCGGUGGCCAAAGCACCAAUCAAUCACUGCCGCUGUCACAAUCGAUUCUAUCUGUGGCUCCUCUAUCUCCAUGAUAAAACAAGAUAGGAGCAGCCUUCCUAAAAGACAGACAUCUCCACAGUAGCCUGUGGGAGGCUGCCUGGCUCGUCAAGUCUGCCAGUAAGACCACUUCCUUCCAGCUGCAGGGCUUGGGAGAGCCAACCGACAGCAAGCUGCACAAGUUUGCCGGUGACACACUUGAGUUGUUUUUCUUUGCGAAAACAGAAGAAAAUUCUGAUAAAUUCCAGAUGAUUUCAAAACACAUCUGAGGGUCAGAUAUACAAAAAGGCAGAUAAAAUCUGAAUUAGGUAAGUACACGUUGAGGCACAAAUCUCUAUUUAGAUCCAAACAUCUUGCAGAUUGAAAGCCUUUAAAUUUGACAAUUCCCAGUUAGGGAUGAUAAAAAUUGAACUUUGCUCUCCUUAAACCCCAAGCCAUUAUGAGAAGGGAGGGUUCACUCAAAGUUGAAGCCGAACAGCUAGUCAAAAGCAGAGGGAAGUGUGCAUUAUGAAUGAGCACUGGAAAUGUUUUUAAUCCAGUUAAGAACCUGGAAUAUUUGGAAAGACAAAAAAGUAUAUGAAAGAUACCCAUUAGUGUGUCUGCAUGAGGGCUGUGUCUUCACGGUAUAAUCAAACACAUCUGUCCAUCGUUCCUAUGCUAGGAAGACAGGUUCAUCUUGGUGUUGAAGGGGCAUUCCUUACACUGUGAUCUACAUUCGUCAAUACUCUCAAGGAUUAUUGAGCCGCAUGGCUGGAUGUCUGAGUAAAAGUUAGGCCUUUCAUUUUUUUGCACAUUACUAAAGCCAUAGAUCUUUUCUUUUUUCCCUUUUGUUCUCCCACCUUUUAAUUUGAAAUUUUCGAACCUACAGAAAGGCUGGAAGAAAGCAUAAAGAACACUAACCUACCUAGUCACCAAUUGGACGUUCUCUUACGUAACUGUAAUGCCAUUCAUACUCCCAAGACACUUAACGUUGAUGCACUAGUGUUAUCUAAUAGAAACUCCAGGUUUAUAUUUCCCCAAUUGUCCCAGUAACUUUUUUAUUAUCUUUCAUGACAUGGACAGUUUUGAAGAGUCCAGGCUAGUGCUUUGUAAAAUGUCCCAGUAAUCUGAGUUUGACUGUAACUUUGUGAUUAGAUUCAAGCUAUACAUUUUUACCAGAAGUGCUACACAGGUAAUGGUAUCAUAUCAGGAGGCAAUGCAUCAUAUCAGGAGGCGGUGAGGUCGGUUUGCCCUGUUGUUGGUGACUUAAAGUUUGAUCACUUGGUUAAGAUGGUGACUUAACCUUUAUCCUGGUUAAGAUAUUUUCCAUUGUAAAGGUAUCCAUUGUGCUUGAAUCAGUUGCUGCACUGAGGUUAGCAGGGUAUUAAUUUUCUAAUUUUUUCAUUCCUUUUUUUUUUUUUUUUUUUCUCGGUACGCGGGCCUCUCACCGUUGUGGCCUCUCCCGUUGCGGAGCACAGGCUCCGGAUGCUCAGGCUCAGUGGCCAUGGCUCGCGGGCCCAGCCGCCCCGCGGCAUGCGGGAUCUUCCCGGACCGGGGCACGAACCCAUGUCCCCUGCAUCGGCAGGCAGACUCUCAACCACUGCGCCACCAGGGAAGCCCUUUCAUUCCUUUUUGUAUAUAUCAGAUGGAAUCCUCAGUACAGAACCCAGGUCUUUUUUUUUUUUAAUUGAAAUAUAGUUGAUUUACAAUGUUGUGUUAACUUCUGCUGUACAGCAAAGUGAUUCAGAUAGAUAGAUAGAUAGAUACAUAGAUAGAUAGGUAGAUAUUCUUUUCUGUUAUGGUUUAUCACAGGAUAUUGAAUAUAGUUCCCUGUGCUGUAUAGUAGGACCUUGUUGUUUAUCCAUCCUAUAUAUAAUAGUUUGCAUCUGCUAAUCCCAAACUCCCAAUCCAUGCCUCCCCCACCUCCUCUCCCCCUUGGCAACCACAAGUCUGUUCUCUAUGUCUGUGUGUCUGUUUCUGUUUCAUCCAUAUGUUCAUUUGUGUUGUAUUUUAGAUUCCACAUAUAAAUGAUAUCAUAUGGUAUUUGUCUUUCUCUUUCUGGCUUACUUCGCUUAGUAUGAUAAUCUCUAGGUCCAUCUAUGUUGCUGCAAAUGGCAUUAUUUUAUUCUUUUUUUUGUAGCUGAGUAAUAUUUCAUUGUAUAUAUGUACCAUGUCUUCUUUAUCCAUUCCUCUGUCGAUGGACACUUAGGUUGUUUCCGAGUCUUGGCUAUUGUAAAUAGUGCUGCUAUGAACAUAGGGGUGCAUGUAUCUUUUCAAAUUAUAGCUUUGCCUGGGUAUAUGUCCAGGAGUGGGAUUGCUGGAUCAUAUGGCAACUCUAUUUUUAGUUUUUUGAGGAACCUCCACACUGUUUUGCAAAGUGGCUGCACCAGUUUACAUUCCCACUAACAGUGUAAGAGGCUGGAACCCAGGUCUCUCUGAUGCCAAAGCCCAUGCUCUUUCUGCUAGAGGAGCUACCUCUCUAAUGUGUAAACAAAUGAAGGUAGUCACCUGAAGCUCCUGGGGAGAUAAAGCAUUUUCUUUCCAUCUCUUGUCUAGAGCUCCAUUUUCUUUUAUCUUGGCAAAAUGGAACCCCUUCUGUGGCUUUGAAACUUACUUUAAAAAAACCCUAAGACUUGAGCACACACAGAGCUGUCAUUUCUAGGGCUCACGUGUGAAGGAGUGUAUCUAGAGAGGUGGAGAAUGUCCAAAUCAGCUUCUCCCCCUCAGCAUCACUGACGUUAUCCCAUCUAUCUGGGGGUCCAGAUUACAUUUCCUUUUCUUUCUUUUUUUGCAGGGGGUGGGUGGGUGAGUGUUGGAAUCAAAAUGUCAGUUUGUUGGGGACUUUUUGGGUUUUUUUUCCAGUGGCAAAGCUGGAUUGAAGAGUUUGGUAGAACUUCUACCAUUCUUCCCUGUGCCAAGAUGGUGAGGGGGAAGGAAGGAUCUGCAAAGCAGCCUGCAAAGACCUUGACAAACACCACCUCCACCAGGGAUUACAGACUGGCCUUCCAGUAAGUUAGUGCCAAAUGGGAGGGAGGGGCCCUGCAGGGGCAGGGACCCUGUGAGCCUCCCUGGCUGCCAGACACUGGGAACAGGAGAUGUGGCCGAGCUGAGAGGAAGCCCGGGCCAGGGGCAGAAUUACAUUUUCUCUUCUUUGCCGGUAGCUGCCCUUCCUGAAAGUCUUCUUGCGUUAAUGAAAUCAGUGUGGAAAGAUUUCCUACAGCAGGGAAAACACACAGAGAAAUCCCUAGUUCUCCCUCUGUCCCUUCUUUUGUUAUAAUAAGUGGCGACGACUUUCCUAAUCACUAAUAAAUUCAGGUUUACAGGUCACAGUGACAGAGUCAGGGUUAGUGUUACAGUGUCACAAACACCAACCCCCCCCCCAGAUUAAAACAAAACAUAUUCCCUUUGUUUGACAUCUUUGUACUGUUUAACAUGAGUAUUUCAACAGUCUUUAUUUUCCAAACACGCAAACGGGAGAGAGUGAUCUGACCCGCAGUAUAUUGACAUACCAUGUAGCUAUAACCUUGAGAUAAAAAGUAAAGGAAAAAGUCAAAACAGCUCAAACCAAAUACUAACACAAGCACGUCUUUCUUCAGUCCAGAAGGCUUGCCUCUGUAACAAGGGAACACACUGACAUUAGUACACACUGACCGUGGUGCCCACGCACAGAUCCAGAUGGCUAACCCAUGGGGCCCCAAAUGCGAAGCUGGGAAGUUGAAUGUAUUCGUUAAUUAAUUUGACAAGUGUGUCCUAAGUAUCUACUUUGGGCUAGACAUGUUUCUAGGUGUUGGACAUGUCAUACAUCAAGGGGAUUUAUAAGACGUACAAGCCCUCUGCUCUUGUGGAACUUACCUAGUGGCAUUGGGGGAAAAAAAAUAUCAGAGACUACACUCCCACAAUGUUAAGAGGAGAUGAUGGAAAAUAACAACUAUAGCAGAAAGCCUGAGCUGGUUUCCUGAAUUCUGUAUAUCCAGGAAUGCAACUUCUUCAAAAUCUGGGUCACACUGUGGAAAGACAGUAAGACAGAGAGGAAAUGGCGGAGAGUCAGAGAGAAGCUUCACUCCUCACCGUACAUGGGAGGGUCCUUUGGGAGCUUUUACCAGCUUUUACCAAACCUAAUGUCCAUAAGACGACGGAUAAGAGAAACAGUGAAGACUGUGCCUUUGUCCCAUACUGAAAGAACUCCAAAGAUGCAAUGUCCCAACAAAAUAACAGGUAGCUUCCCAAGCGUCUUUGCUAUUCGGAGCCCAGCGCUAAGGAUUUUACAUGUAUUGGCUCAUUUAAUGCUAACAGUCACCACCUGGUGACAUAAACACUAACUUUAUUCCCAUCUCCCAUAUAAAGAAACAGCCCUAGAAAAGCUAAGCAACUUGCCUUUGCCCAAGGACACAUACCUGGUAGAGAGUGGAACCAGAACAGGAUCCUAGCUGUGUCUGACUCCAAAAUCCAUGUUCUAAACCACUACCUUUCCAUCCAUAAAAUUAUUUUUCUUAAUUUUAUUUAAGGGGAAAAAAGGUAAUAAUAUUGCAUAGAAAUUUAAUCAGAUCGCUUCAGAAAGUUGUCUGUGUUUUCCAGAUGUUACCUUGGAAGGACAGUCAAACAUGUCCUCUGAGUCAAAAGCAAAUACACACCACUUUCUCAAAUGCGUGAGAAACUAAGAGAUGAACUUCUGCGAUUGCUUCAGUGUACGUGAGCCCGCCAUCUAAAUUUUGAAUUACGAUUCUAGAAUGGAGAUCAGUAUUUUAGUCAACUAAUGAAUGAUUCCUCAAAGUUUAUUUUACAACUGCAUACAUUUCCAUCUUUGCCCUUUACUCGAUAAUUGAAUUAAUAAUAAAUUAACUGAGCUGAAGCUGGUUUAGUGAAAACAAUGCAGAAGUCCAUAAUGAAGCUUGUGCCUAUUUGGGGAUAAAUCUGUAUCAAAAAUUUAAAAAUAAUUGUAGUAGAAUUGAACUUUGAAGCGGGGAAGAGGUCUUGCUUUUGCUUUAAAUCAUUGAAAUUAAAUGUAAUGAAAAGUGAUCAGAGUGCUUAUUUUUACUUUGUUUUGUGGGAAAUUGUGCUGGGAAUGUAGGUCUAUUGUGCACAAAGGAUGUUGGCUUUAUGCUGGAACCACCAGGCAGGUUGAGUUGAGAAACAAUUAGCUCAGUCAGCAAGCCUUUGAAUCUGAUUAAGCCAGGAAGUGGUCACUCCCCAAGACAGAGCAGAAUGAAGGGAAUGAAGGCGGUAGCCUAACACGAGGAAUGAUUUCUCUCUCUGAGAAAAACUAGUAUUAUAAUUUAUUAUGUCAAAUUUAUGUCAAGGAUUAUAUCACUACAUUUUAUUAUUAUUUCACUGAAAACAAAUAUAAUCUUGUUUCCGAGUAGAUCAACAGUCCACAUGUGUCAUGGCUACUGUCUCUAAGAAACUUCUGUUUAUUGAGGCUUGACAUACUCUCAUGUUUUGGUAACAAAACAUCUUUGAGACCUAGGACCCAAGUCACAGAGGAAAAUGCAAGACUUAUACAAGACUGCUGGCCGGAUUCUCAUUACUCUGGGGGCUCUCAGUGUAUUCUCUGGAGUUAUUGCUUUCUUCCCAGUCUUUUCCUACAAGCUUUGGUUCACAGGAUGGAGUGUCUGGAUUGCUUGUCCCAUCUGGAAUGGAGCUUUGGCCAUCAUGACUGGUAUACUCCUACUGUUGGCUCACAAAGAGUGGACCGAGAGACACCUGUGGGAAGCUAGUUUCACCUUUGUGGUUCUGAGCAUCCUGGGAUGUCCACUUCAUUUUACUGUAGCCUUGGCAUCUGCUCUCCUUGGCCCGUAUUGCUUCUACUCAUUUUGGGGGAUUGCAGGGACCAAUUACCUUGGUUAUGCAGUUGCCUUUCCUUUUCCAUAUGCAAAAUUCCCAUCAGUUUGUGUAGACCCACCACACUAUGAAGAGUACCACCUGACACUUCAAGCCUUAGACCUGUGCCUGAGCUUUGCCAUGCUCUGUGUGUCCCUGACAGCGUUCAUCACACUUUCUGCAAGACUUAUCCGGAAUGGACAUAUAAAUGUAAGUUUCCAGAAAGGGGGAGCCAGUUCCUGUUCCAUCCUAAAUGCUAAAAUGGAAAGUUUGGUACAUUGAUACUUAAUCUGUCUCUCUUUUUUACCCCUGUAUCUUGUAUAACCAAAAUUCUCCCACUCUUUCUACUUCGACUCCAGCUAAGAGGCUGAUAUAUAAUACAUCAACAUCAGAUUUAGCUUUCUGACAUUUUCCGAAAAGGCUGAUAAUAAUUUUAAUAUGAUAAUAAUAGAAUUAUGAACUGAAUAUUUAGUAUGUGUCAGUGUACUUCCCAUUUCACAGAUAGUAAACAGAGGCUAAAGAGUUUGUAUAACUUGCCCAAGGUCACACAGCUUAAUGACUAGUAGGACCAGAUUCAGAACCCAGAGCUAUUUCUCUUCAUCAGGCCAGAUUUGUCCUGGGCUCCCUCAUCCCCCUCCUUGCAUCCUCUGCUCCUCUGCCAGACCAUUAAGAUGCAAGGCUCUGGCCUCCAGGAGGGUUAGAGCAGGGUCACUGGGAAAACAGCACAAGUGAUUUCUGAUUCCAAAUUCCUACGGUUGAUACUGGGUCCCUCCUCUGUGGGUUGAACAACCUCCCUCUGAAAAGAGGUAUUUCUCACUGCAAACUCUUAUACUGGCUUUAUGAUUCAAGUUAGGAUUAUAUCAGGGUCAAGUGAAUUUGGGUUAUGUUAGCCAAUUUUUUUCCAGUUUCAUCCUAUCAGCACCAACCAGUAAAGCUGGAAGACAGGAAUUUGGCACUCCCAAUGCUUUUUGUGGUCAGUCUUGUCCUCUUCAACUUCUUCAUAAAUCUGCAAAGGAAAUCCUGUACAUUCUUAGGAACGGAGUUGAUUUUACAAGGAACUUGCCGAGAAACAAGGCAAGCAGACCAAAAUCACUGCCCCCGCUGUACUGCCAGGACAUGUAGAAGUUUAGUAUUUGAGAAUUCUCCCUUGUGGCAAAUGUCCUGACUUUCUAGACUAUUUACUAAGGAACAUAUGCAUAGGAGAACCACACAUUAAAAGUUGACAGUCAUAACCCCUUAGCAUGCAUAGCUAAUCAGACAUCUGGCUGUCAUUUUAAGCAUGACCCUCACAACAUUGAGGUUUAACGUAGGGUGGAGAAUAAGGAGAAAAGAAUGAAAAAAAUAUACGUCGAGCUUUGUAAGCCAACAGCGCCUUACCGUGGAAACCCAACAGUGAGACCACCUAAAGUGCCUGGAGAGAGAGAAAAUUAAUUGAAAACAGAGCAAAGUUCUGUGACUUCAGGGUUUUGCCUUUGCCCAUCCUGCUCAGAACAGUUUCUUGCUGUGUGGUUUCUGAGCUACGUAUGGGACCCAAUGCAACUACAACACGUUCCUCAAAGGGAAUCAAUGACAUCAGAAGCACCCAGGGUUUUUGUGAAACUAGAUUUCUGCAUCCCUUCCAGGUCCAUUCCCACUAUGUCAGAAAUUCUGGGGUUGGAGGCAGGAAACAUGCGGUUUUAACACACGCCCCCAAGAGAUCCUGAUGAAAAUUCUCUUCCUAGCACACAAUGCACUAAGUAUCAAUUCAGGACAGAAUCUCAGUUUUCCCAUUUGCAUAAAAUGCAGCACUAGUUUGGGUGAGAGUUCUAGAUAAAUUUAAUAAGCAUGUCUUUGGUGAACAUUCUUGGAUGACUUGACACCACUUAAUCCAUAGGGGUGGCAGAUCACGUUUCGUUAGCGAGGAUGAAUGGCUGACUUAAUGGGAUAUGAUGUCCUGUAUUAAUAAAUAUACCACUGUUGCCCCAAGACCAAAAGGAGCUCAUGAAGCCUGAACAAACCUUUGUUACCAUGCAGAAAUCUCAGCUACGUUAGGCACAAUUUCUAGCAGUGAAAUAAAUGCAUUGUUUAUCAAAAUUCUAGAAAACACAUAACUUUGUUAGAAAGAAAGGUGGAUCGUUCGCUGGGAUACAGAAUUCUACAUAGUGAUUCUACUUUUAAUGAACCUCUGUGUAGUUAUGUUGUUAGAUUCCCUACAGUGCUGAAAGAGAUAAGUAAUAUUUUUAAAUUUUUAUUUAAAACUAUUAAUAAACGCUGUGAAAUAUG